AUGGCAAUAUUGAUCAACAAAAAGGUGCCGUUCAUAGAGAAGGCAAGCAUGACAAACCGGGAGGGUAGAUACCUCUUUAUAAAAGGCACAGUAGCUGAACACUUAUACACCUUCGCCACACUGUACGCGCCAAAUGGUAAACAUUACCGCUAUCUUAAACGUACCCUACACAAACUACACUCCUUCGCCGAGAGGGUCCUCAUAAUAGAGGGUGACUUAAACAUAGCAAUGGAUCCGAUCUGGGACUGUUCCACAG